AUGGAUUUAGUGUCUUCAAGAGAAACUUUAGAGAGAUCCUUCAACUUCAACAAAAGCCUUCUUCUUGGUCUCUCUUGUUCUCGGUCUGAUCAUUGCAUCAUGUCUGGAGAAUCGAGCUCUGGUUUUACCGAUCAUUGCAUCAAAGUUGUACCGACACACGGUGGGCGCUAUGUUCAGUACAACGUUUAUGGACAGCUCUUUGAAGUUUCCAGAAAGUAUGUCCCUCCUAUUCGUCCCAUUGGUAGAGGCGCUUGUGGUAUUGUCUGUGCUGCGGUGAACUCGGUCACUGGAGAGAAAGUGGCGAUUAAGAAGAUCGGUAAUGCUUUCGAUAACAUUAUCGAUGCAAAGAGAACUCUACGUGAAAUUAAACUUCUCAGGCAUAUGGAUCAUGAGAACGUCAUAACCAUCAAAGAUAUUGUAAGACCUCCUCAACGAGAUAUCUUCAACGAUGUCUACAUUGUCUAUGAGUUAAUGGACACUGAUCUUCAGCGAAUCCUUCGCUCUAAUCAAGCACUGACCAAUGAUCAAUGCCGCUUCUUUGUGUACCAGCUGUUACGAGGACUCAAAUACGUGCACUCCGCCAACAUACUACAUCGUGAUCUAAGGCCAAGCAACGUGCUACUUAACUCGAAAAACGAGCUAAAGAUUGGUGAUUUUGGGCUUGCUAGAACAACUUCAGACACAGACUUCAUGACUGAAUAUGUAGUUACCCGUUGGUACAGAGCUCCUGAGUUGCUUCUUAACUGCUCAGAGUACACCGCAGCUAUUGAUAUUUGGUCUGUUGGUUGCAUACUCGGCGAAAUCAUGACGGGACAACCUUUGUUUCCGGGAAAAGAUUAUGUUCAUCAGCUUAGGCUUAUAACAGAGCUUGUAGGCUCUCCAGACAAUUCCAGUCUCGGGUUCCUUCGCAGUGACAACGCAAGAAGAUACGUCAGACAACUUCCGCGAUACCCGAAACAGCAGUUUGCUGCUAGAUUCCCGAAGGUGCCCUCUACCGCUAUUGAUUUGCUGGAGAGAAUGCUCGUAUUUGAUCCUAACCGGCGUAUCUCAGUCGAUGAAGCCCUUGGCCAUGCUUACCUAUCACCGCACCAUGAUGUGGCUAAAGAACCAGUGUGUCCGACUCCUUUCAGCUUUGAUUUCGAGCAUCCUUCUUGCACAGAAGAACACAUAAAAGAGCUUAUCUACAAGGAGUCUGUCAAAUUCAAUCCUGACCACUGAGAGAGAAACAUGUUUUUAUGAUUUGAGUUCUUUUAAAGUCUGCUCUGUUUGAUCUCAGAUUCCUUUAUAUUAAAUCUAAACUCAUUUUAUCUUUGAUUGAAUAAAAUAAUUGCUAUGAUGAAAAACACAUAUGUAUUCUAUAUCUUAAGCUACUGCAGAGCUUACAUACCUUUCUUUAAAUCAAAUUUUUUU